AUGGCUCGAAGCCGCCAGCCGGUGGUUCUGCAAAACCCCAAGUCGACAGGGGCAGAAGCAGAAGCAGAAGCAGAAGCAGAAGCAGAAGCAGAAGCAGAAGCAGAGACAGUCGCAGACCCCGCACCACAGGCAGAUCACGGUAUGCGUAGCAUAGAGAGUCUACGGCAGGGGCUAGCACUUCCCCUUUAUCUGAUCAACACCAAGAUGGAACGUCAGCAGGGCCUCUCGUCCUAG